GAUACAUUUAAGAGAGAACAUACUCCACAUACUUCCGAGAUGAGUGAGCAGGAGGUCACAUUUUCAACUGGGAGAUUUCAUAAGACUUCAGGGUGGCAGAACCAAGUGAGGUCUCAGGAGACUCACGGCUCCAGAAAAUGUUCAGUCCCUUGGCAGCUCAUUGUGAUAGCUCUCGGAAUCCUCUGUACCUUUCGGCUGGUAAUUUUUGCAGUGUUGGUGACAAACCUUUUUCAGUAUAGUCAAGAGAAAUAUGAACUUCAGGAAACUCUAACCCGCCUCCACCAAAACUGCCGCACCAUGAAAAAUGACGUGGACUUAAAGGAAGAACUGCUGAGAAAUAAGACUAUUGAGUGUAGUGCAGGCAGUGAUCUUCUGGAAUCCCUCAACAAAGAACAGAGCAAAUGGUACAGGGAAACCAAGACUGUUUUAGAUUCCUCACAGCACACAGGUAUAUAG